AGCCGGCGCCCGGAAUCUCGCAGGAGCGUCGCGGCUAGGCCCGGGCCACCAUGAGCCGAGGAGACGCAGGCCGCCCGCAGGCCCAGAAUGGAAACCUCUCGCCGGGGGAGCCCCGACUGAGACCUCGAGGAGACAGCAAGGUGGAAGAGGAGGUGCCAGGGCUGACGGCGGUGCCGCCCGCCGUGCCCGAGUAUGAUAUGCUGUACAAGAUUGAGGAUGUGCCACCUUGGUACCUCUGCACCCUACUUGGGUUCCAGCACUACUUGACGUGUUUCAGUGGCACCAUCGCGGUGCCCUUCCUCCUGGCGGAGGCCCUGUGCGUGGGGAAGGACCAGGCCAUGAUCAGCCAGCUCAUCGGCACCAUCUUCACCUGCGUGGGCAUCACCACCCUCAUCCAGACCACCUUUGGCAUCCGGUUGCCCCUGUUUCAGGCCAGCGCCUUGGCCUUCUUGGUGCCCGCCAAAGCCAUCCUGGCCCUGGAUAAGUGGAAGUGUCCUCCGGAAGAGGAGAUCUACGGGAAUUGGAGCCUGCCACUCAACACUUCACACAUCUGGCAUCCACGGAUAACCGAGAUCCAAGGCGCAAUCGUGGUGUCCAGCCUGGUGGAGGUGGUGAUUGGGCUGACUGGCCUCCCGGGGGCCCUGCUCGGCUACAUCGGGCCCCUGACCGUCACCCCGACCGUCUCCCUCAUCGGCCUGUCCGUCUUCCAAGCAGCCGGAGACCGGGCCGGCUCCCACUGGGGGAUCUCAGUGCUGUCCAUCGCGCUGAUCGUCCUGUUCUCCCAGUAUCUCCGCAACGUCCCCUUCCUGCUGCCCGGCUACCGCCGGGGCCUGGGCUUCACCGUCCUCAGGAUCCAGAUCUUCAAAAUGUUUCCCAUCGUGCUGGCCAUCACGGUGGUGUGGCUCCUCUGCUACGUCCUGACCCUGACGGAUGCGCUGCCCUCUGACCCCGCCGUGUACGGCUUCAAGGCCCGGACGGACGCCCGCGGGGAGAUCAUGGCCAUCGCCCCCUGGUUCCGAUUCCCGUACCCCUGCCAGUGGGGCCUGCCCACGGUGACGGCCGCAGCCGUGCUGGGCAUGUUCAGUGCCACCCUGGCGGGCAUCAUCGAGUCCAUCGGCGACUACUACGCCUGCGCCCGGCUGGCGGGGGCCCCCCCACCGCCUGUCCACGCCAUCAACAGGGGCAUCUUCAUGGAGGGCGUCUGCUGCAUCAUCGCCGGGCUGCUGGGCACCGGAAACGGAUCCACUUCCUCCAGCCCUAACAUUGGCGUCCUGGGCAUCACCAAGGUGGGGAGCAGGAGGGUGGUCCAGUACGGAGCCUGCAUCAUGCUGGUGCUGGGGACCGUGGGCAAGUUCACGGCUCUGUUCGCCUCUCUUCCCGACCCCAUUCUGGGGGGCAUGUUCUGCACCCUCUUUGGGAUGAUCACGGCCGUGGGCCUGUCCAACCUGCAGUUCGUGGACAUGACGUCCUCCCGCAAUCUCUUCAUCCUCGGCUUCUCCAUGUUCUUCGGGCUGACGCUCCCGACCUACCUGGAUGCCAACCCCACCGCCAUCCGCACAGGAGUCCCCGAGAUGGACCAGAUCCUCAUGGUUCUGCUGACGACGGAGAUGUUUGUGGGCGGCUGCCUGGCCUUCGCCCUGGACAACACGGUGCCCGGUACCCAAGAGGAACGGGGCCUGGUGCGGUGGAAAGCGGGAGCCCACGCCACCAGCGAGACGUCCGCCAGCCUCAAGAGCUACGACUUUCCCGUCGGGAUGACUGCCGUCAAGAGAGCGUCCUUCUUGAAGUACCUUCCCGUCAGCCCCACCUUCAACGGCUUCUCUCCCCGGACGCGGGAACGUCCCCAGCCGGCCGCCGCCGGGCCCGACCGCUCGGCCGCCUGCACCAAGGUCUGACCGGGGGGGUUCUGGGGAAACCGAGGAAGCCGUUUUCCCUCCGCCCCCGGGCCGGGGCCACGGGACUUUCCGCUCAGAGGAGGAAAACCGGCUCCCACCGGACGGCGCGUCACCAAGAUACGGGAAUGCCGGCCCCCUCCCGGAAGGGACUCGCGAUUCACGGUUGGAAACCCUAGAACUAAAAGAAAAAAAAAACCCAAAAAACGGUAGUCACGUGGCCACGUCUGUGUUGCAUCUGAGACAGAGGUGCUCCCCGGCUCCUUUGGGAAUCGGGCGGGUGAGGAGAGGCGAGGUGGUAGUGGUGGCAGUUGUCGAGGUUACACUCCGGCAAGGGAGCUGAUGGAUCGAUCGACGGACGCUAAAUCACAGGUAGGAGAGAGAAGGGGGUAGAGUUAUUUGAAUUAGGCCUCAUGUAACAGGGUCCCGAAGGAGGGUUAAUGAGGGCGACCGGAAGGUGGGCAAAUUUAAUAAUAAUAACAAUGAUGGCAUUUGUUAAGCGCUUACUACGUGCAGAGCACUGUUCAAGCGCUGGG